CAACCGGAAAAGAGAAUGUGGCGCGCGAUAGAGGCUGUUGUUGCUUCAACUACACAGUUAGUCCAUUUUAAAGUCCGCGCUCUGAAUGAAAAAAGGCAAACCGGUUUAAAAUAAAAAAAAGACAAACACAAAAGACAGGGUUAUUUUUUGCCAUUGAGAAGAAAAAGGGAUUACUUUACUGUCAUAAUGCCUCGAAGAAAGAGAGCCGCAGGGAGCAGUUCAGACGGGACCGCAGACUCGGAUGACUCCACAGAGCACGAGAAGACCGACAGCUCGCACAGUGACGCAAAUCCACGAAGUAACGCACGGCUAACUAGAGCUUCUGUCCGCCUCAGUCAGAGCUCACAAGACGUACCAGCAGACUUGAAGCAGGUAGCAGAGCGAGACGAGUCGCCACCCAGGACUCCCACAGGCAAUGCUCCCUCGUCCGAGUCGGACAUCGACAUCUCCAGUCCCAAUGCGUCCCACGACGAAGGGGCAGCCAAGGACCAGAAAGACUCAGGCAGCGAUCCCUCUCAUCGGCCAAAGCGCAGGCGCUUCCACGAGAGCUACAACUUUAACAUGAAGUGUCCCACACCUGGAUGCAACUCCCUCGGACAUUUAACUGGAAAACAUGAAAGACACUUCUCCAUAUCCGGCUGUCCUCUUUAUCACAACCUGUCAGCUGAAGAGUGCAAGGUGAAAGCUACUGAGCGGGAAAAAGAAGAAGAGGAAAAAAGUCAAACUCAAAACGAGGACAACAGACAUGCUACACGUCACCAGGCUCCUACCGCAAGGCAAGUAAAAUAUAAGGAAAAAGUGCAAGAAUUAAGGAAAAAGAAGGAUUCCGGAUUGUCAAAGGAGCAGAAAGAAAAGUACAUGGAGCAUCGGCAGACCCACGGAACAGCAAGAGAGCCUCUCUUGGAGAACAUCACGAGCGAAUAUGAUCUCGAGCUUUUCAGAAAAGCCCAAGCGAGAGCGUCUGAGGAUCUGGAGAAGCUGCGUAUGCAAGGGCAAAUUACCGAAGGCAGUAACAUGAUAAAAACCAUCCUGUUCGGCCGCUACGAGCUGGACACCUGGUACCACUCGCCGUACCCAGAAGAGUACGCCCGGCUCGGCCGCCUCUACGUCUGUGAAUUCUGCCUGAAGUACAUGAAGAGCCAGACCAUCCUGCGCAGACACAUGGCAAAGUGUGUAUGGAAACACCCCCCAGGGGAUGAGGUUUACCGAAAAGGAGCCAUCUCCGUGUUCGAGGUAGACGGGAAAAAAAACAAGAUCUACUGCCAGAAUCUGUGUUUGCUGGCUAAGCUGUUUUUAGACCACAAGACACUGUACUAUGACGUUGAGCCGUUUCUUUUUUAUGUCAUGACCGAGGCGGACAACACGGGCUGCCAUCUCGUGGGAUAUUUCUCAAAGGAGAAAAAUUCGUUUCUGAACUACAACGUGUCCUGCAUUCUCACCAUGCCACAGUACAUGAGGCAGGGCUAUGGCAAGAUGCUGAUUGAUUUUAGUUAUUUGCUGUCCAAGGUGGAGGAGAAGGUGGGAUCUCCUGAAAGGCCUCUUUCUGACCUGGGGCUCAUCAGCUACCGCAGCUACUGGAAGGAAGUCCUGCUGCGCUACAUGUACAACUUCCAGGGCAAAGAGAUCUCCAUCAAGGAGAUCAGCCAGGAGACGGCUGUGAACCCGGUGGAUAUCGUCAGCACGUUGCAGUCACUGCAGAUGCUGAAGUACUGGAAGGGGAAACACUUGGUGUUAAAGAGACAGGAUCUGAUUGAUGAUUGGAAAGCAAAAGAGACCAAACGAGGGACCAGCAACAAGACCAUAGAUCCAGGUUCUCUGAAAUGGACCCCCCCCAAAGGAACCUAGAAAGACCCACAGAAUACAGUUUUUUUCUCCUAUUGCAGCCUUUGCCAUACGUCAGCGUCGUUUCCAAUGAAUUUACAAUGUUCAUUGUUAUUUUGGUCUCUGUGUGGCCAUUCUACUUCUCUCUCUGUAUUUUUUUAUUUUAUUUUUAUUUUUUGUUCUUGUGCAAUUGUAAUUAUUUUCAGAUCUUCUCUUUUAAGCACAUUUCAUCACGUUUCGCGUUUCAAAGGAUGACUUUUGGACAUCGAUGUAAAGAAGAUACACCCAGUUCUUUAAAAAGAAUAGUUUCUCAAUUCCAACACACCUUAAUAUUCAGAUGUUACCGAAUUCUCACUGGCCUUGAUUAACCGGAUCAGAUCUGAUGAAACUAAACUUUACGUGAUAGGAAUUGGGUUGGGCCAUUCAGUUUCAAAGUGUAGGCGUCACUACAAAGCAUAUAUGCAGCUCUCACACCCAGCAGUCUAACUGAUGAUGGACUUGGUAAUUAGCUGAAUAUUUCAAUCAAGUGCUUUUAUAUUAGGGAUGACACAGACUACUGACAGCUCCGUGUGACGGGCGACUCCCACCACAGGAAUCCGACACAUGUUUUCCGCAUCGAGUAUAAUACUCGGAGUGGUGUCAAUUCGGUAUAGUAUAAUCAGCACACACAGUAUUUCACCUUUACCUUCUCUGUGAGGUCACUGUUUUUUGUUCCUUGAUGUUUUUUUUGUUU